AUGAGCCGUCUCGCCGACCCUCCUUCUUCGAGAAUCACUUUCGCCGGGGUCCCAGAUGCCCCCGCAUUCGAGCGCGAUGGAUAUCACCCUCCGCCCACGGGCGCACCCCGUGGAAGUCCUGACGGCGACCGAAUGGCUGGAAUCACCAAUGGCGCUGAAUCAGGAAACAAUGCUUUGAAUGCCCCCAACCCUGCUAUUGGUGCCGCAGCCGCAGCCCAGCAGCCAAAAGUUGUUCAGACUGCUUUUAUCCACAAACUUUACAAUAUGCUCGAAGAUCCCGGCAUUCAGCACCUCAUUUCUUGGUCUGGUACCAAUGAUAGCUUUGUUAUGUCGCCUACAUCAGAAUUCUCCAAAGUCCUAGCAUCAUAUUUCAAGCACACAAAUAUUUCCUCGUUUGUCCGGCAGUUGAAUAUGUAUGGGUUUCACAAAGGUAAGCGUUCUGUGUGCGAGUUGAGCGACGUAUUUCACACCGGAUCCCCAGACUCUGCCCUGUGGGAGUUUAAACAUGGCAAUGGAAACUUCAAGAGAGGCGAUCUAGCUGGUCUUAGAGAGAUCAAGCGCCGUGCCUCACGACACGCUCUGAUCCACCGCGACUCAUUCCCUGGCCACAAGGCCCCUGUUUCGCAGCCUGGAACACCGGCCGAACCGGUACCCGAUGCGACCGAAGCUAGGUUCAUGAACAUUGAGCACACCCUAUUCGAUAUGCAUGCUCGUCUAUCUCGGGCGGAAGAGGGUAAUAUGGCAUUGAGUUUGAGGUGCCAGGCCAUGACCGAAGGCAUGACAAAGUGCUACCAAUGGACACAUUCCAUUUCGCGAUUUCUUCAAGCUGUUGUACCCGAUAGAGAGAGCCCUCUACAUCGCGAUGUCUCGAACAUGCAAAGAGAAGUUGAGAAACAUAUCGAAAUGAUUCGGACCCUUGAAACCCCCCAAGAGAGUCUCAUGCCUCCACGGCAACCAUACUUUGCCAACAUGACUGAAGCCGGUCCACCUUUGUCUCCGCGCCAAAUGCCACAGGACGAUGGCCGUCGACAAUCCAUGAUGGAUCAUACAUCCAGACCUAACAGCAUGAUCCGGCCGCCCGUCCCUCCACACCUUUCAGUAUCCCCUCGCCGUUACGGAUCCAUUGGUGGUGCCAAUUCCGCCUCAGCAUACGCUCGACCACAGCCUCCUGUUGCGCCGCCCCCACAGCAACCAAUGCCGCACCCUCUCUCUAUCUCCACCUCCCCGGGGCCUAGCCUAGCUCGCCGUCACACGUCUGCGGAUAUCCGACAACAUGGCUGGUCCCCCUCGGCAGGCUCGCCUUACCCUCCUGGCAAUCCCCCUAGUGGCCCUUGGCCUUCAUCGCCAGGGCACCGAACUCCGGUUUCCAGUGACCAACAAGUGCGGGAUGUCCUCGCCCAAUACGAAAUGGGUGCUCCCCGCCGCCUACAAGAACAAUCCCGCCAUGCCACUCCACCCACUGCCGAACCUUCACCAUCCCUGCUUGGUGUCGAUAACGGCUGGACGCUUGGGGGCUCAAGGUUCCCUCACGGAUCUUCGUUGCCCGCCACUCGUCGCUCAAGCAUGGCCAGCAAUGUGCAUUCACUACUCAAUCCUGCUGAUACCGCUGAAAGGCCCGAUGAGGACCAGCAGGCGAUGGUAGAAGAUCGUAAGCGAAAACGAUUGGAAUAA